GUCGUCUCUGUGUGCAUGCCAUGAAGACCAUCCCAUCAUUCACCGUCAUUGACCAUCAUUGCACCUUCGCAAACGGUCUGGUCUCCCUCCACAACAGACCGACGUACAGACAGACAUUUGAGUCUGAAUUACAGCAGAAAAGCCCCACAUCGAUCAUGAUGCACACAACAGAGACAGACAGACAGACAGGCCAAAGCUUUCCCUACCGCCGUGCUUUGCUUUACAUAUAUUCCCCACAACAGAUUUCUGUCUGUCGGCCGUGCGUGCCGUGCCGCCCGACAGCCAUACGAUCAGGGCAGGCCGCCUGGAACGCCAAAGCACUGCGAGAGGAUUCGCAGAGAUGACUGUCUGUCUUGUCGCUUCGCUUCAUAGCAUACGCAACUGCCGCCCGCCCGCGACAUCGCGCAUUCCAUCCAUCCAUCCAUCGGCCAGCCAGCCAGCCCCUUGAUUGAGACCACGCGGGCAGACAGAGAUAUAGAGAAAGUGAGUGCUAGAUAGAAUAGAAUAGAUGCGUCAGUCAUGUCAUCUACGGCAGCCAGGCACCCACCCUGCCCUGUACACAUGACAUACACACACGCAUACAGCCACACGCCAUACAGACAGACAGACAGACAGACACAUCAGCACCGUCGCAAAUGGAUCAGCCAGCCAGCCAGCCUGCCAGCCCCGGUUCACCAAACGGCCAUCGCAUGCAUGCAUGCGGCACUCUGUGCACCACGCACGCACGCACUCAGGCAGACAGGCAGACACCCCGAUGGAGAGAAGAAGCAGAGAACCCCUCGCCCUUUGACCCCUUCAUUCAUUCGCACCGGUAGACGACACCAAACAAAAAUCAUACCCACCACACCACACCACACCCAGGAUCACACGACAUAUGGUAGCGUAGCAUCCCUCCCUUCCCCGUACCCAACCACCCCAACCACCCCCCACUAAACAGCCGGCCAGCCACCCAUGCAUCCCAUCGGCAUGUCUUCACAUCACAUGAUGGCGCACACCGCACAGCACUUGUUUCGCUUCGUCGGCACCACCUCCACCGCCGGAUGCUGCUUGCCCACCCCCACCCCGGUGCCGUCUUUGCCCACUUCUUUCUUGUCGGGUGUGCCCUCGGGGCUGUUGGACCCCUCCUCGCCAGACGUCGCCACAGUGCUCGAGUUGGGCCGCCGAUCCGACGACGGCGAGGCCUCCACCGCCGCAUCCUCCCUGCCGUUCAUGCCGCCUUGUCCCUCCUCCCCCUCCCCCUCCCCCACCAGGUGCACACACACUUCUGGUGUGUCCUCAUCGGCAGCCAGAGGGGGCAGCGGCGGCGCCGAAGACACCUUGCGCACAUCGCCUGUGGCUGCGGUGGCGGGUGCGGGUGCGGGUGAGGGCUGCUCGAACCGCAGUGAGAGGACCUGCAGGUCGAUGGCCGGGUCGCUGAGAAGCUCCUCCAGCCGGGAGGAGAGGAGGUCGGUCGCCCUGGCGAUGAGCUCCUCCCCUUCUGGCGGGAUGGGCCGGCCCUCGGGGUAGGUCAGCCCGCACUUCUUGAAGAUCUCCGGGGCCUCUGCCGACCACUGGAUGGGCGUGCGGACGUCCCCCGCCCACAGCACGCCCUGGGAGGUGGUCUCAUCGCAGGCUCGCCACACGUCGGGCACAUGGGGGAUGGGCGAGGUGGGCGACGGGGGGAAUGCGAAGGGGUAGAAUGCGGGGGGCUGGAUGUCGGGGAGGGUGCCGCCGUACUGCUGCUCGAGCUGUGAGGGGUGGUACUCCUUGAGCAGGUCUUCCUGGAAGUGGUCCUUCAUGAAGUUGAUCUUCUGCUGCUGCACCUCUGUCAGGAGGCCCUUGAUCAUGGCCCAGAGGGUGGAGACGAUCUUGGGCGCGUUGACGAUGAACAUCUUGUCGAGCCGGAAGGGGUACUGCUUGGUGAGCGUCGACACCAUGUCCUUGAGCACCUUGAUCGGAAUCGAACGCAAUGGCACGUUGCUCAGGUCCACCAACACCUUGCACGUCUCAACUUUGCCUGACACACCAAACCACCGCAGAGGGCACGUGUGUGUGUCUUAGUACUCCGCUCCCUCGUCCCGUCCACUCACUCACCGGGGACGAAUGCGUGUCUGAGUGCCCACUCGAAGACAAACACCGUGAGGCGUUUGAACCGGUCGGGGUUCUCCCUGACCUCCCUCGACAGCCGACUCAGCCGCACGAUCGCCAGUGGCCGGUAUGACGCGUCCCGCCCCACCCAAUACAUGACCCCGCUCUCCAGGUCCUUCCGCACCUCCACCUCACUCACGGGGUACAUCUCGCGUCGCCAGUCGCGCAUCAGCACCGUGUGCUCGACGGACUUGUGGAGGUAGUGGUGGGGGUGCUUGCGCUUGUUGUAGAGGAGGAUGCGCAGGAGGAGUGGCUCCAUCCUCGGGGGGAAGGUGAAGUUGUGCUCGCGGCAGUGAAUGCGGAACUGGGUGAUCAUCUCCUGCUCGCCCUCGUCGAGCGGCUGGUGCAGGAAGACCUGGCGGAUGACCACACCGUGGUGGAAGGACUUGUGCGUCUCGUCACGCGACGGCUGGUGGGCCAGCAGGGAGGCGGGCACAGUGUGAGGAGACGGGUUCGUCGACGUCACCAGCGCAACUUCCACCACACACACACACACACACGCACACACACAAGGUGGCAACAUAACGACGCGCGUCAAUGUGAGAGUGAUGUGUUGGUCUCUCUCACCCUCUGGAAUCUCCGACGCGGCAGAAGAGUCCGGAUGGCCAUGGUGCGACUCGCCUCCCAUGGCGGCGGCGAUAGGCACUCAAUCAGUCCACCAACAAGACGACAGCGCUGCGCAUGCACCGCACCGGUUGGCAACGGCACGGUCCGCCUUUGGCUACUUUUUUGAAAGACUUUGGCACCUCACCUCGCCGUUGAACGGCGGGCUGCACAGACACGACAGCGAGACAGCAAGACAAGCCUGUGACGCCCUGAUUGUCUCAGAGUGUGAAAUGGCUUUUCUGGCGGCUCGUGCUGUACGUACCUUCACUAACGAAGGCGCUCCUGAUGCAGAGGAGCCUCCUUGUGGACACCGCGCCGUACCGAACAGCAAGCAAUUCCAAGUGCCCUGUAGACCAGGCCAACUAUCCAGUAUCGAAGAACGAACAGAUUCGCCUCCCUCCACGAAGAUGAGCUCGCAAAAGAAGAGCGAUCCGUCAGAAAGAAAAGGAAAGGCAGACAAGGAGUGGAGGCAGC